AUGGAUAAGGAUAAAUUGACACGGAGCGUGAAGCGAUUCCGCGAACGGAUGGAGGAAGAGCAGCGGAAGCUACCUAGGAUACGAACACUGGAGGCAGCGGGCACUUCUGGCACUAGAAGUGCCAAAUCGGCACGCGCAGAUGCCUUGCAGGCAGCGACGCAACAUCUGGCGCGACGCACAAGGGUAGCAACAGCGAGCCACGGAACCGACGCCACCACAUCGCCCCAGGUCAACGACGCCACCACAGCGCACACCAACGACCUUAACGCCGCGACAAAUUCCGCAAAGGCCCGUAAGGUGCAGACUGUCAUGAGGCGCUCUAUGGCAGCGCACAUAAGUACGACGCGCCGAGCUUCAUGGACUGCAGCGUCACAAAGAACCAGCCUGGCCACGGGGCCAGUAAUCGUCGGAAGGAUCAGUAGCAGCGAAGCGUCUACCUCUGACGACGCCACCGUCCCUUGGAGAUCGCCAGUGAUCGAACUCUCCUCCGAAAAUGAAGGUACGCUACUGGAGAACGAGAAGGCAGAACUUACCUUCCCAGCGGGACCAAGCGGAGUCUGCCUAUACCAAACAGACUUACGAUCCCUGGAGGACGGAUCGUGGCUCACCGACACGGUCAUCGAUGCGUAUGCGAAGUACCUGGAAACUGAAUUUGGCCCGGAAGCCACAGUUCUUAGCCCAUUCGUGGUCUGGCAGCUGAACCAGCCAGGAAGGCGCGACGAAAACUUCCGCCGCAUUCACCGCUGGAUUCGCAACGUGGACAUAUUUGGACAAAGGGUAGUCCUAGCGCCACACAACGCCGCCCAUCACUGGUACCUUCUCGCCCUAUCCAACCGUGAGCUCACGCACCACGUCACGGACACAGUCUGCCAUCAACCCCACCAGAUAUGGGUUGCAGAUUCCUGGAUGAGGGGCAAGGUCACCCACGCAACCACGGCCUGGCGCGAAUUCCUCCAGUGGGAGUACAAGGAAAGGGGCGGAGAAGGAGACUUCGAAUACCGGGAACUGCUGCUAGACGUACCCCAGCAAGAAAACACAAAUGACUGCGGUAUCUACGUGCUGGAGACAAUAGAGCGGGUCAUGCGGUACGCAGGACGAGGCGAAGGGGCACCCGGAUGCAUCUCCGAACCCUUCACGGCGAAGCUAGCAGCUGAAAAGCGAGCCCAAAUAUUGGCCACCUUCAGACGACACCAGACAACACCCGCGCCCAACGUUGCAAUACCACCACCAUCAUCUGUGGAAGUAGAGCUGCCACCAGAAGGUCUAAAAAUUUCCAUCGCCGAUGCAGACGGGACAGCGCUAGAGGCCUUCCCGGAGAUCGCGGAUAGAAUUCGCAGAGGCCUCAACGACCUCUCAGGUGGCAUCGGGAAGCACCGCCUCAAAUUCAACACCACAAAAUACAAAGUGGUCAUGUACCGGUGGGGCGCCCACAUCAAAGCAAAAACCACAACAACAACCCCGGCAACUGAAGAGCCCUAAGGGGGAAAAUUUCUUUUUCUAAAACUUUAUACUUAGUUUAAGCUAUAUAGUUCCUAAUUACAAAAAAAAAAAAAAAAAAAAAAAAAAAAUUGAAUUUAUAUGGAAUAAGCGUGAAAAAAAAUAUAUAUAUUGAACAAACAAAACGAAAACGAAAAAACAAGGGUAUCAAAUAUACUGUAUACUUAUAGGUGUAAACCUUAGAAUUUUUCUUGUUUAAGCCAAAUGACGAUUGUAACUACAUAUGUAUAUGUACUUUUAGGCGUAAAUCUUAGAUUUUUUUUUUUCUAUAACAAAUAACUAUUGUAAGUUAACAAUAUUGUAUUUUAAACUUUUUAAGAAACCAUUGUAAAUUUACAAUAGAAUUUAUUGAAUUUUGCAUGGAAUGCAAAACCCUCCGAAGUGGGGGGGGAGUGUGAGAACUAAAUAUCUUGUAGAAUUUAGUCCACACAAAGGCCCACCCUAUUGUUCACAAGUAUGCAUACGCAGCGGUAAAAUCACGCCACCGCCAGCAACACACGCCAUCCCAGCAACACACGCCAUCCCCACGCAACAUGUUGCGAAUGUGCUAGCACGCAACACAGGCUUGGUGGGUAGUUAGAUGGCGGACGAUCAGUCAGUCAGCACGGGACUGUGACAGCGUACACACGUGUUGGGCAUCAGACUAUGCAGUGAGUUUAUCCUCUGGCUAGUCUUGGUACCCUAACUUGUGAACGCCGUAUGUUAAGGGUGAGCUCGGUAGUGAGUUUAUCCUCUGACCGACUCAACCGUUAACAUCGCGGUCGCUAAGGCAGUCUUCCGUGGUCCGGGGUCUUUAAAAGUGACCGUCGCAGUAAAGCCGAACGUCGGCAGAAGCAGCGCGUGGUAAAAGUGGUGAUAGCAAGGUCCAGUACAGCCGAGCGUCGGCAGAGGCAGCAGCGCGUGGUCAACGUAGCGACAGCAAGGCGUAGUGAAGCCUACGCGCGCGUCGGCAGAAGUAGCCGAGCGCAGAAAGCGUAGCACGCGAGAGUGAACGCGUAUAGCAGGGCAGCGACAGGGAGGCCCACACGAGCGCCGGCAGAAGCAGCAGCGCGUGGUCGAAGUGGUGGCAGCAAGUCGUCUAGCACCCAGGAGCGCAGCAGAGCGGGGAAACGGUAUUGCCCUAGCGGAGCACACCGAACCGUUACCCCAACAGCGCCGUCCUCAGGAGACGUCCUGUGUCGUGGGCUAAUAUAUUAUAUUAGAUAUUUAGUUGAGUUGAAUAAAUAAAGAAACGGUUCGCAGAGGA